GUUUUAGAAACGUUAAUGGAGACCACUUAGUGAUGAAGAUGUAUUUCAUCUCAGUUUUCAUCCUUUUUGGGACGGGACUGACUGUAAACAGCGAGAAACACUCCCUCAUGUACAUCUACACCGGCUUCUCUAAACCUGUCGGACUUCCGGGCAUCCAUGAGUUCACAGCUAUGGGUCUGCUGGACGGCAGGAUGAUCGACUACUAUGACAGUGAUGUCCCGAAAAAAGUUCCCAAGCAGGACUGGAUGAACGAGACACUUCCUGCAGAGUACUGGGAGAAUGGCACACAGUCCCGCCUGAUCAAGCAGCAGUGGUUCAACAACAGCAUCGACAUCCUGAAGAAACGAAUGAAUCAGACUGAUGAUGAUCUCCAUGUUCUUCAGUGGAUGGUCGGCUGUGAGGGUGAAACAACAGGGUCUGAUGGUAUAAUACAGUUUGUCCGUGGUGUGAACAUGUUCAACUACGACGGACAAGACUUCCUGUCCUUUGAUGACACCAACUCAGUCUGGGUUGCUGCCACUGUUAUAGCAAACCAGACCAAGAGAAAGUGGAAUGAAGACCAGAUCCUAAAAGAAAAGACCAAAGUCUACCUGGAGAAGGAGUGUAUAGAUUGGUUGACCAAGUUCAUGGUAUACGGGAAUAACCAGACCCAAGCUGCCCAUCCACCAGAUGUCUACGUGUUUGCUAAGAAAACCAGCAAUGAGUCAAACCUCAUGUUGAGCUGCCUGGCCACAGGUUUCUACCCAAAAGACAUCACCCUUCACAUCAAAAGGAACGACCACAUUCUGACUAAAGAGGAGGGGUUGAUCUCCUCAGACGUUCGACCAAAUGAAGACGACAGCUUCCAGAGAAGAGACAGUGUGGAGAUUUUAAAGAGUGACGCUGCUUCUUUCACAUGUGAAGUCUUUCACAGAGCAUCCAGUAUGUCUGUUGACAAGGUUUGGGUUCAUAAAGUUACUGAUGGAGGAAACAAUGGAGGCAUUAUUGUUGAAGUGAUUGUAUGCCUGAUCUUCGUUGUCGUACUCGUGGCUGCAGUGCUGGUGGUGUUGAUGACAAGAAGGAUAAUGUGGUUCAGACCAUAUCGCAGCAUCGAUAACUCUGAUACACCACCCAUUGAAGCUGUUCCCUUAAAGAGAUAUGAUCUGAACCAGGCCAGAGGAAUGUCAGUGAUUCCAAUGGAGGAUAACCUGUCCAGGAGGAUGUCAUGA